AUGUCACCGGUAAAAACCACAACUAUCUUGAUCUCCUCCGUCGUCUUCGCAGCCGUCGUAUACCUUCUCACAAACUUCUCAUCAUCUCCUGCCGACCAUAUCAUACAGGACCACUGCUCGGAACCAAACUACUUUCCCAAAUCAUUUUUUUCUUUUAAUAACUACUUUCCCAUAUCAUCAUCUUACGAAUCAAAUGUCAACUCGCUACUCACCUCCUUUGUAAACUCUGCUUCUGUCUCCUCAUACAACAAUUUCACAGUCGACGGUAACCCUAAAGAUACUGUCCACGGAUUGUACCAGUGUCGCGGUGAUCCCUCCUACGGUGCCGCCGAUUGCGUUAACUGCGUCUCGCAAGCUGUACGGCGGCUCAGAAAUAUCUGCGCCGGCGCGCCCGGCGGCUGGAUACAGCUGGAAGGAUGUUUGGUGAAGUACGACAACGUUGCAUUCGUCGGUGUGCCGGAUAAGACGUUAGUGCGUAAUAGUUGCGUGUUCCCGUUUCGGUAUAAACCGGAUGAGGUGGCUCGGACUAACGCAUUGUUGAGGUAUUUAGUGGCAAGUUACGGUUUUUCGUACAGAGCGAGAAGGUUAGGGGAAGCGAAAGCUGUGGCGCAGUGCACGGAAGAUCUCAGUGCGAUCGAUUGUCAAGACUGUUUGAUUGAAGCGAUCCUAUGGCAAAAACCGGUUUGCGGAAACUCCGGUUUGGGUGAAGUGUACUUAGCCAAGUGCUACGUACGUUACUCGUCCCCUGGAGCCUCCGGCUACGAGUCGAAGAAAACGUUUGGCAGCAUAUUUUUUGAUAAGAUGAUGACAACGACUCGGCGUCAAUUCGGAGAUGAAUACAAGAGUUUAUUUUACCGAGGACAAGAGUUUAUACCAAGUGCUACUUGCGUUACUCGUCCCGUGGAGCCACCGGCCACGUACCAAUCGUUUAAGAUCGUUUAUUAA